GUAAAGACAUAGAAAACAUCUUUCAUAAUGUAUUAGCUGAAAAGUUUACAACUUUAGAGAGGCAUAUGGACAUCCAAGUUCAGGAGAUACAAAGGACACCAAAUAGACAUAACAUAAGAAGCUCUUCUUCAAGGCAUAUCAUAGCCAAACUGGGAAAUCAAAGAUAAUGUUUAAAAAUGGCAAGAGAGAAACACCAAGUUACUGAAUUCUAUAAAUUACUCUCUGAGGCAGCGUGUGGGUUGGUGCGGCCUUUGUGAGAUUACACCACGGUGUACUGAGGCCAGGGCCAGAAAGUGCAGAAGGUGAUGGUGCAGCCCAUCAACCUCAUCUUCAGAUUCUUGCAGAAUAGAUCCCAGAUUCAGGUGUGGCUCUAUGAGCAGGUAAAUAUGUGGAUAGAAGGCUGUAUCAUUGAUUUUGAUGAGUAUAUCAACCUUGUAUUAGAUGAUGCAGAGGAGAUUCAUCCUAAAACAAAGUCAAGAAAACAACUGGGUCAGAUUGUGUUCAAAGGAGAUAAUAUAACUCUGCUACAAAGUGUCUCCAACUAGAAAUGAUAAACGAAGUGAGAACUUGCUGAGAAGAUAGUAGUUUGUUCCCUUUGUGGAGAGUAUAGUUCUAAAAAUUUGUUCAUCUUGUUUUUAUUACCCUGAUAUUAUUCCUAGUUGGCAAUAAAUGCUGUGAAAUUGUUUUUAUUAAAAAAAUAAAAGAAAAAAAAAAGAAGAAACACCAAAUUACUUAC